AUGGCCGUAUCCGGUGUAAUUUUACCGAUAGUUGGUUUGAUUGGGUUAUGCGGCAAUUUUUUGGUGGUGAUGGUAUAUGGAAGUGCUGAGCAACGCAUAAACUCCACGAGUGUAUAUCUGGCCGCAUUGGCAGCAUCGGACUUUUUGAUGAUUUGUACAGCAUUGGUUUUGUAUGUGCUAGAAGCAUGGCGAUAUCACGGACCGCCUGUGAUCGCUACUGUCUACGGUCGUACAGCUCCUUAUGUAUUUCCGCUGAGCACCAUUCUACAAACGACGUCUGUUUAUUUUUGUGUUGCGGCUGCCGCAGAUUGUUUCAUCGCGGUUGUCUUACCAAACAGAUUCAAGAAUUCGUAUUGCACAGCAAGGUGUGCCAAAUUAACAGUGUGUUGCAUAGCAGUCAUGUCGAUAUUGUAUAAUGUCCCGCAUUGGUUUGAACUGGCAUCAAUUGACUGUUUGGAUGAACGAUAUAACUUGUCGCUAUCUGUGCAGAUUUGUCCGACUGAAUUGCGCAAUAAUGAGCUAUAUUAUCAAUUGUAUUAUACGUAUAUGUACACAAUAUUCAUGGCAGUUGGUCCGUUGCUGCUAAUCGUCAUAUUGAAUAUUUGUGUGGUCAGGGCUGUGCUCAAGAUUGGCGCUUCGGAGGACUCCGAUACAGUGAGCUUAAUUCUAGUGGUAUUUAUGUUUAUUAUCUGUAAUGCUGCUGCGUUGUUGGUGAACUUCAUCGAAAUGCUUUUCGCUGAAAAGAUAUAUCAUAUAUUGGUGUAUUUGGUGGAUAUGUCGAACCUAUUGGUUGUCGUCAAUUGUACUGGAAAUUUUUUUUGUUAUUUCUUUUUCGGCAAUAGUUUUCGGAGAACUCUGAAGCAGAUUUUGUUCGGCAAACGCACCGGCAAGCUGGACAAUCAUCGACUGUGGGCAGCUUCGCAUCCUGAAACGUAUAUUGUCAGACGGCUGUCACCAAUCAAAUAA